UUGAAUUGAAAUGGGUUUGUAAUUAUUUUACCAAAAAUUAAUAUGAAGUGAAAACAAGGGAAAAUGAAACACAUGGCUCACACGCUACAAAGCUCCUACUCUUCUGUUUCAAGAGCCAUAUUCACACAAGCUUCUUACUCCCAUAACAAAAACAGAGGAAGUUUGACUAAAAAUGGCACCCAUGGCCGAUCAGUAAAAAGCAGAGAAGGUGCUGGGAAGGUCUAGCAGUGCACUGCUCAUGGCCGGAUUCGGUGACUCUGGCCGGCGGCCGGAGUGUGGAAGCCAGAGACAAGGUGGCCGAGGAGUGGUUGGUGAAGGAUUACGGGUGGAAAGUUAGGAGAUUGCGCGUCGGUGAUGAAGCUGAAACGAGUAAAGCUGCUUUUGUUCAAGCUCAAGCUUUUCAUACUCCCAUGGCUUUUUUUGAUGAUUUGUUCUUUGAAUUCUUCAAGGCAGAGGUGCUUGCUGGGCUUCAUUACAAACUUAGAAACUCUCCACCCAACAGGUAUGCAUGUUUAGUAGCAGAACCAGAGAGCGAUUGGACAGAGUUGACGAAGAAGAAAAUUGUGGGUGCUGUGGAUGUAACGGCUCAAAGAGACGACGCCGUUUUGAGACAUCUUUCAGGAGCCGAAGAAUACCUUUAUGUGUCCGGCCUUGCUGUUUCCCCAAGCUUCAGGAGAAGAAGGAUUGGAAGUGCAUUGCUAAAAGCUUGUGAUGUAAUGUCACUGAUGUGGGGAUUCAGAUUUCUUGUGCUUCGAGUUUAUGAAGACGAUUUAGGUGCUCAGAAGCUUUAUACAGCUGCCGGUUACCGGGAAGUUUCCGGUGAUUAUCCAUGGAUGACUACAUGGGUUGGAAGAAAACGCCGCCUUCUCAUGAUCAAACAAAUUUUUUAAACACUUGUAAUUAGCAAGUCAAAACCCAAGACCAUUUGAAGUGUACCAAUCAUAUAUAUGUUAACCCCAUUGUAGUUUCUUCGAGUUACAGAUCACAAGCAUGAAAUCAGAUUCAGUUUAAAAUGAAA